AUGCCGCCAGACAACGACGACGACGACGACGCCAGCCCAGGGUCGCUGCCACCGUCCUGGCCUCCAAUACGGUACCAUGAAGCACCUCACACACUUCUGCCACAGCCGGGCUAG